AUGAAAAAUGCAAACCAGAAGCGCAUCACCAUUUUGGAACACCUAGCGCAGGUUAGAAGCGUCGUAGAGAGCCUAUCCCAAAGGGACGAAGCGAGGGACGCACAGUACGUUAAGAAUACACUCUGCUACUUCUACUUUAAUCAUGUCCUUACGUACGCCCGAAUUAAUGAUGAGUCUAUAGAGGCACUGCAGAUGAACAGAUUGAGUCUGUUCCUAACGGCCACCCAAAAAUUAAAAGCCCUAACGGAGGCGGUACUUUACCUACUUAAAAGGAACUUUUUAUCCUACGAUGCGACCAUUUUGGGGGGAAACAUUAUACAGCUGCAGAGGUACGAAGAGGAAAACUGCAUUUUGAGUGACUACCUAGCGAGUGGAAACAAGAAUAAUUUCCCCCAAUUUGACCAGCUGAAGAUUAAAAACGAACAGAUGUUGCCGCUUCUGCUUCUGCUAAGUUGCAGCACUUAUAACAAAUCGGAAAAUCUGCAAAUCGUCUGGACCAUAAUCGUGUACGUAGUAUACACCUUUCUUCAAAAGUACAAUCUGCCAAAUGAGAACUUGCAAAAUGGGAAUAUACCAUAUGAGAACUUGCAAAGUGACGGUUUGUACCAGUACAUCCAUGAUAGGUACCAAAUGGAUGGCGACCUCCUCAGCGUCAAUAAGGUUACCAGCAUGGCCGUGGGGUUCUACCUAACGCUGCUAAAUUUGGGGAAGAACGAGUUUUCCAGGGUCAUCUCCCCCCAGGGUAAGGACACCUCCGAGGGGAGAUCCAACCUUCCCAGCGAAACGCGCUUCUCCAUUACAGAAAGGGAAUAUUUAACGUACCAUCGAUACAAGUAUAAAAAAAUAAACUUCCUAUUCGAAACAAUUUGCCAGGGAUUACUUUUAAUUUUACAAAACCAGCCUUGUGCGAAUUAUCUGACCUUCCUCACGUUAGACCUACUCGCAUUGGUUGCCAAGUACCAUCCGUCGUUUAUCCAAAAAUACAGCAAAGAAGUGAUAGACCUAUUUUGCACCUUCUUCGUAAACGCAAAAAUGUUUUUUUUUUUUAAAUUCAAACUGGACGCCAUAUUUUACCAAAAUGAGGAAUUGCUAACCCUACAGGUGUACUCCCCCACGGUCACCUCCAUCUUGCAGCACAUGGAUGAAAGGAGUGACCACGCUGGAGACUUAUGCUUAAUGAUGUUAUUUUUAAUUCAUUACAUCAAGCUGUUUUUGUACGAGCCGAUGAAAGUUACCCCAUCGUUUGUUCUGCUUAUCCGGUCCACUCUGAACUGCCUCAAUGCAUUUUUCUCCCAUUUUGUAAAACUGUGGGAUUUCCGGACCCUCCUUUGUGGCUUUUUCGACCGGGCACUCCGCGAGUACAUUGAGUUGUACGUCCUCCUGGUUAACGCGGCGAUAGUGGCGGAGCAGCCCCUUGGCGAGGGUUUUCCCAAAAUGAAUGAUGAGGCGGAGGACCGUCACGACAGAGACUUCCUCUCCCGAUUCGUCACCGAGCAGAUAAAAAAGCAGCCACACAUUCGCCGCGAUGAUGAAGGGGCAGACGAUUGCGAGAAAAAGGAAGGGCUAAAAGAGGCGCACAUGGAGGACGAAUUAGAAGGGGCGAUAAGAAGUAUACUACACGGGGGGCAGAACAGCCAAGACGAUCACACAGAGGAGACGCACCCACGUGGAAGCACUUAUGAUGAACCUUUGGGGGGGAGCGAACGGAAUGAGCUUCUAACCCCCCAAGAUGGAAAACCCCUCAAUAAAGGAGACGCAAAUCUGCUCCAAAACUUCUCUCUCGUAGUCGUCACAUGUGUCCACCAUGUGGAGGACAAGAAAAGGGCAAUUGAAAUUGUGCUUAGCAAUUUUAUGAAAAUAAAAAGAGAGCGAAAGAAAUUUGCAAAGUUCUAUUUUAUUAUGAUUAUACUAACCUUCCGGAGCUUCCUUCAAGACAGUUAUGUAAAAAAAAGGCUCUUCUUUAUCUACACUUUUGCCAUAAGGAAGUUAAAAAAUGAAGAAAUAAAAAAGUACAUUUACAGUGAAGUUAUUUUUUAUAAUUACACAAUUUUGCAGUUGGUGGAUGGCAUCAAAUAUUCCUCCUUUUUAUUUCGUUACAUGAAGAGCACACACAAACACGUUGAUGUUUUUUUUUUUCGAAAAUUUUUGAAGGACAAUCAGUUGAAAUUACACUUUUGCAAGUUCUUCAAAAGGGAAGUGGACUAUUUUUUCCUUCUCUUAAAUUCUUGCCAGAUGGAGGAAUUCACCUUUCCGUUACUAAUUUUUAAUAUUUUUAUUUUUUAUAAAAUAUCCAGAAAAAACAUUUUGCACACUGUUUCUCAUGAGAAGACGGGGGCGAAACGGCUGUUCUGUUACUACAAUUGGGCCAACUUGGUGAAGCUCUUUUUGUACCUUUUCCCCAUUUGGAGUGACAUAUGUCCGCCGCGCAUGCACAGAAAGGGGCCUCCUUCCGGAGAGAAUCCCACCUUCCAGCGGGGAGUCCUCCAACUCGUAGGCCAACUAUUUCGAGAAAACCAUUUUGCUGAUUUUUUUUAUAACCUCUUUAUGGACUCCUAUUAUUUUAGGAAGAUUAGAAAGACCCUCUUUUUUUUUCCCGUCUUCUUUGGCACCUUCGAUGUGGAGCUGUACUUUUCACUUCUCCGGAGGGUACUCGAGCGACCCUCACUGUUGCUCUGUACAUUGGGGGAGGUGCCAUUAGAAGCAGGGGUCCACUGGAAAGGCAAAUCAAUUGGUGUAAAUGACCCAAAGGUGAGACCCAAACGGGGCGUACAAAAAGUUAAGAAAAGGGUACUAAUUUACUCAAUUAACGACUUGUUGGAGGAAGUUCCCCUGCGUUUGCUUCGCAGGAAGUACCUCCAAGUGUUCGCACAUGAGAAUGAAAAACUCAGUUUAGCCAAGCACCACCAGAAGGUGAAAAUUGACAUGGCCAUCUUGUCCCUACUAAAAGGAGGAGCACUUCACAAAAGGGCAGAAAAGCAACAAAAACGAAAUAUAAGCGUAAACGAUUUUUUCGUCUAUUUUGUGCUGGAUAAGAACGCGUAUGUUUUUAGGAGCCUCCUGUCCAAGUCAUCCAUCCGGUCGUAUAAAUCCGUAGAGUUUUAUAAAAAGUGCCUCUCCCAUUUUAGGGCCAACUUUGAGGACAUCGCAAGGUGUACGCGGCGGAGUGGGGCAAUUCAAGGAGAGGCGAAGCGGGACUUACUUUCCCUGUUGGAGUGGCUCGCCCGCAACUCUGGAGAACUCUCUCGCGGGGUACUUCCUCACCGUGAGGGGGACGAUCAAGAUGGUGUAGACGAUGAAGAGGGGGGGGUCAUCUCCCCCCACAGGAUAAAAAAUAACCGCGUGGAGCAACCCUCAGAAAGAAGCGAACGCACACGUUUCGACGUGUAUAAUGUGAUUCUCCUCUUCGUGGGAUACCACCUGACGCUGAAUUUCAUGAGGUACAAAUGGCUGAGCAGAAAGGAGACCUUCCUGAUGUUGGAGAAUUUGCUGCAGAGCUUUCUAAACAAAUUGAAAGAAGGCAACGUUGUGAAGGAGCAAAGAUGCCUCCUAAAAAACGUGCAAUACCUUUUGGACAUCAUAUAUAUUGUGGAUUCUUACCUAGCGAAACUGACCAACCGGCUGUGCACCGUAGUGAGGUAUGAACGUGGCCAUGCAGACUAUUUGGGUGUACACGCAGUGCUGCAUUAUGAGGAUGAAGCGGCUUUGAAAAAAAACGAUUUGGAUCACUUCACCUCGAAAAAUUUAGCAUAUUUUUUUGGAAACUACACGCAUAUAUAUAAUAGCUGGAAGAGAUUAACGGUGUACAAAAUGAUCAUGUCCGGGGAUUCAUUUUUUUACGUGAAUGCAUCCGUCACCGUUGCCAUUUAUGAGGAGGUAAUUUCCACGCUGCUUGGGGCGUUGAGGAGGAGGGUAUUCCAAGAGAGGGGCAAAAAAGAAGCGAAGAGGGAUUCCCCACAGCGCCACUCCCAGGAGCAGAUCCGAACCAGCGGGGAGCCCCCCACACAUGCACAAGGGGUGCCACAAGAACUGCUCCAAAUUGUGGACCAGUUUAUCCACGUCAUUUACAUGAACCACGUGCUGACCUUCGUUUCGAUCUGCGCGAGGGAGGCCACCCACGUGUGUUCCCUCUUUGACUUCUACGAGCAGGCGGGGGAGCUCUGGGCGGGCAUCCUCCAAAUUGGGGCAGCGGAGAGGGGUGAAAAUGGGAAAGAAAAUAAGGGUAAAAAUGGGGAAGAAAAUAAGGGUAAAAAUAGGGAAGAAGACAGGGUCAAAGUUAUCCGUGCUGGUAACAGCGCAGAGGAAGACAACCCACAAGUUUGCACCCAAAGAGAGCGUGGCGAACGUGGAGGCCGCAGACCAAUUGGAAAGCCCCCCAUGCUGGACGCUCUAACCACACGCAUGCCAUUCCGCGCAAUCGACAUGAACGAAAUCGUGGCGUUAUUUUUGGACUUUCUAAAACACAAGUACAUAAACGUAGUGCACUACUUUGAGAAGAACAAAAAGGUGUUGCCUCUGAUCGGCCGGUGUGUAUACUUCCCCACCGAUGAAGAGACAGACGUGAAGGAGGACCAACAAGGAGGAGUAGCAAAAAUGAGGAAGCACCUCUCAAUUUGCAAUUGGCACCUUUUUAAAGGCAUCAUUUACGUGUACAUGCAAAGCUGCAUCUUCGUGAGCAACCCGAAACACAUAUUUAAUUUUUUAGAAAAUGUCUCCUCGGUGGAAGGGGAUUUCCUAAGUGGGCAGGUGAAAAAUUAUUUGCUCAGCUUGUACUUCAUGAAGAGGAAGGACCUGAAUUUGUGUAGACUCUUUGCCAGGAGUGUGCUGUUCGAUGUGGAGGAAAUUGAGCAGCCAAGUGAUGCAGAGGGGGCACUCGCGGAAGGGGCAACCGGGUCGAGAGAGGUGGCGCAGCGGAGUGGCGAAGAAACGACGCGGAAUGGGGAGGUACGCUCAACCUACGCGCUGAACCCGCACGACGACCUGAUAAGCCUCUAUUUUCUCAACCUAUCCUUUUGCACCGACAAGAAGCAGUGGAAGAAGAUGAGUGCCCGCCUAGGCCUACACAUUUGUGCGUAUAACAAUUACACAAAUCAGAAGAACCCCUUUUUGAGUUCGCUCAUUAACUGUUAUGAGCAGAACCUAUCGUUGGUUCGUCUUCCUCUGGGGGGAGAACAUCCCAACGGUGGGGACAUCACAGCCACAAAAAAGGGUAAUCCCACCUACGUUAGGCAGCCAAACGGGGAGGAGGAACAAAUUCCCCCGUUCAGCAGCUGGAUAACGAAGAACCCUCUCCCCAUCUUCAGACAUGUACAUAAAAAUCGAUUCAUUUUGGAACAAAAACAACCCGAAUGGAUGCCUCCAUCACAGUUUUGGCUCAACCAAUUUGCCAACUGUUUGAAGGAAAGCUCAUUUCACAGUUACCACUUUUACAGAAGAUGCCGCCUCUUCAGUGCGUAUACAAAUUACACCCGAAAGGUGGAAAAUUUGAUCCUCAAAAAGGGGAUCAAGUGCACCAAGGUGAAAAGUUCACGUGGAGGGAGAAGCGUCCUAAAAGAUGGCAACUACUCCACUACGUGUGAGCGUGUAAAAGCCCACAGGGGAAAGGGCCUGCAGGGAGAUUACAUCAAUAGGAAAAAUUUUCUCGCCUUUAGUCUGAUAAGCAGUUUGGUAGACAGACGGAAGGGAAGAGACGACCCCUUCGCUCUCUACCUGCUGCUCAGAAAUCAUAGGGAUUAUAAGAAGCACAUGCACAAGUACAGGUUUUUAUUUUCCCCCCCGAAUGAUGGAGGUUCCCCCAGCGAUAACAACCAUCACCACAGAGCAGUACCUAACGAAGAGGCGAACAAAUCGCUAUUCCACUCCAUCUGCAAAAUGAGGAGCAGCCUUACAGGAGGGCUGCCAAACAGAGUAUUCCGUUUUAACUUCCCCCAAAUGAACAGAAAUUAUAAAAGUUACAUCGUCAGAAUGUUAACAGAAGGAGAGAUGGACGAUGGAUGCGGUGUAGGAAGCACUUGGGGGAACUACAGGGGAGGUUCCCUUCACCGUGAUGGUGCCAUUUUUGUUAAACGCCUCUACUGCGAACAACUGCAUGAGCAGCUAGCCAUGUUGAAUGAAAUGAGCACGAGGAGAGAGUCUUACCUGAGGUACGCGCACUGGGUUGGCCACUGCAAGGGUGACUUGUUUUUGCUGAAGCUGUUUUAUGAGCUGAGCAGCGAGGGGGCGCGGGCUCAGGAAAAGGGGACAGCAGUGCACCUAGAAGAGGGGACAGAUGGAGACGAGACUGUAGAGGCCAACAGACCGGGCGUGGACAUCCCUCAUGUGAUGAACCUAAAAAUGGUAAGAAAAAUAAUUAUCCAAUUCAGCAACUGCAAGGAGAGAUUUUACAGCUGGGAUUUUAUCGCAUCGUGCAUUCGAAGCAAAGAGCAACUAAGUGACAAAUGUGUAGACACCAUUUUGAAGCAUUUACAAUUUUUGCAAUUCGUAAGAACGCUAUUUAUGUAUAACUCCGUCGAUGGGAUGAUUCACUCGUUCGCCUCCACUUCAUUCAGUCACAUCACGGCUGAGCGCAGUGGAGACAACUCCAUUUCGGUACACAACAAUUUGGAAGAAAAAAACAGGCUGAUAACCCUUUUUAGAAAUUUAUUUUUUUUUUACCGCGAAAAGGAUAUCUUGAAGGGGAUGAUUUUUGCCGGUAACAAAUCGGAAGUGAAGGAUGGGGGGUACUUCUCCCCGGGUGAGGACCCAUGCAGCGGUAGUGACACCCCAAGAGGGGAAAAUAUUAUGAGUGAUGAGUGCUGCCAUACAGAUGACUGGUCUUCUGAGGGGCAAAUGGAAAACCUGGAGCUGAGCCUCUACGACCUGAUUGGGGCCAUCCCCAUACCUCUGUACGCCUCCGCCCAUAGAAACCUGCUCAGCUACUUCUUUGAAAAAGGGGAAGACACCAUUAUGAAGAGGACGCUCUUCUUUCUGUUCCUCCACCUGUACAGGAGAAUCCCCCAAGUCAUCUCCAUGCAGGUGGCUGCCUUUUACAAGAUGUGUCUAUAUAGCAAGUACGAGGGGGGGGUGAAGAAAUCUCUUUUUGCCCUGAUGUUUGGGAGCGGUGGAGCUUCGAAAUAUGCGCGUGCACAAGGUGGUGACGGGGGGGGUGAAUCAAAUAACGCCUACAUGACAGAAAAGGGAUGCCUCCACCGUUUGCCUCUUAACCAUGUGGGGGAAAAAUCCACCAAAUCGAAUGAAACCACGUCAUGUUCCCCCCCUCAGAGCAACCACACCUCGAGUGAACCACCCAACCAACGUAUGCCGAACAUCCAAUUUUUUAAGCACAUAGAAGAUUCUAACUUUUUGCUCAACUUAGGUUUCAAUAACAGCAUGACGUGCCUGCUCAACACGACGGAACUUCUUUUUGUGAGAAUCUUUCAAGCGGUGCUGUCCUAUGUAGAGAGCUCCCUAGGGGGGUGCAGCUGCAGCGUGGAGCUGAACUGCUACAUGGAAGAGGUGGACCGGCAGAGGAGGACGUACGGGGGGAAUCACUACGAUGAGGUGGGCGGAAACACAAUUGAAGCAGUGCAAGGUGGGGACCACAACCAUAGCAAGCACCACAGUCAAAGCAGCCAAUACCCCCCAAGUGGGGCAGUCCAAAAACCCAAGGUGAAAAACGCGUGGAGAGAAAAAUUUCUAUUCCUCUUAAUAUUCAUAAACGAACUGACUCUCUUUCUGAACAAUGAAAGUGACGAAGACGGUGGCAGCAACCCAUUUGUUAAGCAUUUCUUCAUCCACAUGCAUCUGAUGUGCGACCCCUGGGGAAUUCCCUCUGGAGCGGAGCUUUACUCGAAGACGGUGCUACAGGAAGAGCUAAGAAGGGUUUAUGUACUCUUUGCAGAUUUUUACACCUUUCUGUAUGUCGAUAGGAAGGUCCGUUUUCCCGACGGGGUGGAGGACGGAAUGAAGGCACACAUAAAACACAUGAGGAAGAAUUGCUCUGAGAAAGUGGAGUGCCCCCCAAUCAGUGAAUCCCAUUUGAUAACGCUAAUCAAAUUUUUACUUAAUUAUAACAAUUUGCUCAAAAGGAUGAUUCACAAGAAUAAAAAUGCAGAUGCUGGGAAUAUUCGUCUACAAAAUUUUGUAACGUAUGCAUGUUUGGCGUCCUCCCCAGGGGGGGAAGAACACAGACGGGGCUGCAUUUACAUGGAGGAAAAGAAAUCCCACCUCCUGACCUCCUAUAGUAAGAUUGUAAAUUUUGGCGCUACCAGUGUGUACACCGUGAGGAUAAAUAACAAGCUGCUAAAAAGCGUUACCGUCGUUUUUGCCGAUGGGGGUAUACACACGUACAUGGUGACCCACGGGGAGGACGUGCGAGUAGGCAGGUACGUGGCGGACAUGCUGGACGCGCUCGCGUGGGGGGUAAGCGGCCAGCACGGAGGUGGUCCCAGCGCAGCGGGGUGCGCAGUGAACUCAACAACGAAGGGGACCCUCCAGGGGGAUCCUACCCGAUCGCCAUGUGCAAUUCCUUCCAGCGUAGUUCUCCCUAGUGUAUUUCUCCCAAGCGUAGUUCUCCCAAGCGUAGUUCUCCCUAGUGUAUUUCUCCCAAGCGUAGUUCUCCCAAGCGUAGUUCUCCCAAGCGUAGUUCUCCCAAGCGUAGUUCCCCCCCUCACGCUUGUCCCCCCCUCCCCGCUCAACAUCACCUGCCUUUCCAACAUGGUCGGAAUGGUGGCGCGAAGAAAAAACGCCAUGUCCAUUUUGGCCCUCAUCAGUCACCCGGACAAGAAGAAGUUUCACGAAAUUUUUAGCCAAAAGAUGAACCACCUAGUUAGGAGGCGUCUCCCAGAAGGGGGAGCCCGGCUGGUUCCCCCCACAGGGGAUAGGAAAAGCCCAGUGCACCAAAGGGGGACUAACAAAAGCGAAGCAGUUACAGAGACGAGGGUAGAAGAAGAGUCAACCACACAUAUCACCCACUUGAUGAAGGAGCAGCCAGCUAGCCAACAAAGAAACACAGAAAGGGAGCGGAAAAAAAGACAAAGAGAAGUUUACCUGGAGCUGAAGGAAGACCACCAAAGUGAAACGCAAAAGGUUAAGCAGUACAUACAUUUCCUAAGCAGCAGCAAUAGGGACUAUUUUGAAAAUAGGAAAACGUACACUGAGUCGUUAAUGCUAAAUAGCUUCAUCAAUUUCAUUUUGAAAGUUGGGGAUAGAAAUUUGAUUAACAUUUUGUAUGACUAUAUCAACCACGAAAUUGUGAAUGUAGAUUUAGGGCUGUCCUUCCAGCGGGGCCUUUACCUAAUGCAGCCAGAAAUUGUGCCCAUAAGAAUUACAGACAUGUUUUGGAACGCGUGCAUAUAUAGCUAUGCGCCAUCUGCCUUUAUAAGCCAAUUGUACCAAGUGUCAUCCACGUGGAGCGAAAAGUACCAAUCGUAUUAUGUAAACCAAUUUGACCAGUUUUUCUUCUCCCCCUUUUAUCACAACCGGAGGGGGGACUACUUCGAUGUGCUUUACACUGCUUACAUGUUUGGAGUUACUAGGGGAGAGAAGUGCAACCGUUUGGGACAAACGAGGUGUGUCAUCCAACGCCCAGAGGGAUUACUCAUGUCCCUUCGUGCCAUCGCUAUUUCGUUUAACCGCAUAUAUCAGUACCACACUUCGCUGGUUAGCCAACUGGCGGGGGGAUACACCCCUAUGAGUUUUUCACCCCAUUGGAAGGCCAUUUCUAGAGGAAGACGCCAUGCGAAGAGAGCCACCCGUUUGAUUAACCAGCAGGUGUAUCUUUCUCACUGGGGUAGAGUCAAGACCAGCUUAAGGGGAAGACCCCAUCUAAUGGGGGACCUCAUUAUCAUAUGUAGAUUGUUCCACAAAAAUGAUCAUCAAUCUGGAAUUGACCAAACGGGGGAGGAACUUAAGGAAGUGCAUCACGAAGCACCGAGUGUGAGCAGCGCACCAAAGGGGACCAUCCCUCGGAAGGAACCUAAAACAGUUGUGCUAAACGAGCAUGACCACCAAGGUAGGGACUUAAAGGGGAUAGAUUAUCCAAACGGAGGGGUAGUCACACAUUUAGGGGGGGAAGAAAUAACCAAAAUGGAUACCCCCAACUGUUGUGUUAGAAGAAUGUUCAAGGAAACCCCCGUGUACUAUUUAAUCAAAUUGGGAAGGAUCCUCGGAAGGGGAGAGCCUUACGGGGGGGACCUGUCCAAAGUGGAGAAGUACACAAAAAGGCUACUCUCAAUGAGGGGAAAAAUGAACGCCGUGCGUAGGGUCUAUCGAAAGAAGCACCACCUCCCCCUGAAGGAAUUCUUCACAGAGGUUUUACAAACCCUUUUUGGAAAUCCUCACUUGGAAAAUAAAAACGAAGACGUUGCUUUGGCCGUACAAAUGUUAAGCGGUCAUUUUACCCUACUAGAUAGUUGCAUGAGGAGAGACGACAAAGAGACAUAUGCCAAUUGUGUGCACCUCCUAUCGUUUGUCUUCUCCUCCCUCCACGUUGAUUUGAAAAGUCUGCUUAGAAUGUAUGGCACGUGUUGCCAAAAAAAUACUGGCCAACAUUUUUUUGCGCAGAAAAAAUUCUUCUUCCCCAUGGUGGGAAGGACCCACUUGGCCAGGGUCAUCAUGAACGUUAGCUCCUACGUAAGUGCUUGGAAAAGGAACAUCUCAUGGGGGUACUGCUCCGGUGGGGAACCCCCUCGGAUGGGAAGACACACACCAAGUGCAGAAGAGGAGAAAGUUUCAGAAAAUACAUGCAGCAGGGAAGAACAACUGAGCCAAAUUAAGACCCAUUUGAUGGCCAUCAACUACCAUGUGCAAAUUUUAAAAAAGGCCUACAACACAGUGAAGAAAAAAUAUGCUCAUAUCCUCAAAGGGAUCAUUUCGUAUUCUGCUCUGUUCAUAAUUCUGUACCUUAAAAGGGAAAGCGACAUGGACAUGCGGGAGAAGGAGAAGAUAUUUUUCCUCUACUGUAGGGGACUAAAAAUCAAGAGCGACGUCGUUGUGUAUGAACGGUUGGGCGACCCCCGCGUAGAGGAGGAAGCGUACGUGUGCUUCCAGGCGUUCAAAUUUUUGUACGCCCUGAAAUACGUGCAGAAUUUUUUGCGGGCCAAUUGUUACGAGCGCUGCUUGGCUUUGGCGCAGCUGCUGGGGCGUAGCGAAGUGGGCGGCAAAAUGGGCAGCAAAAUGGGGAGCCGCGUUAAGGAGCGGUUAGCUGACCAGUUGGCUGACCAGUUGGACGACUGGGGGCUCCCCUCUGCUGCUCCUCGCAGUGACCAAUGCGAAGUACACCUCGCGAGGAAGCAGCGGGCCUGCAGAACUCUGCACAGACUGGGAAGAGCAACGAAGCAGACCGCCGCCUGCAAGGCAACAUCAAAAGGAGUUCCCAAAAUGAUCGUAAAGUGUGGCAUAUAUUUACCCCUUUCAAUUUCCCGCCCGAAGAGGAAACGACACCCUUGGCACACCUCGCAGGGAGGAAAUGCGUCCAACUACACAGACUUCAUAAUCUACAUUUUGAGGAAAAAUAAUAUGAAGAGGGAAAUUAUAAAGCAAAUAAAUCACCUGCACAAGUACCUAAACAUUCUGUGUGCGGGUACCCCCCACGUGGAUACAGAGAAGAAAAAAAAAUUUAAUGCCAAGCAGGCAUACGACAAAGUGACAAAGAUGUACCAGUUUUACGAAAUAAAUCCCUACGAAAGGGAAAAAAUAACACGCGAUAUUUAUAAAAAUAAAAAACUCUACUUUUACAAACCUUUUUAUAUGUCCAAGCAUUUCUUGUUGGACAAAAAUGAAGUACCUUUUUUUGCAAAUGAACAUUCGGAUGAUGCAGUGGACCAUAAUGAAAAGGAAAAAAUUGAAAAAUUUCUGAAAAGACUUUUAACUCGAAGAGGGCACCGCACAUUCUGUCCCAAAAAAAGGGUAACAAAUUGGAGGGCAGAAAUUACAAAGUGGAAGAGCAACAAAAUUUUAAUUUCAAAUUAUUUGUGGCGAAAAAAAAGCAUGAAAAAGUUAAAACCUUUUGAAAAGUUCCAAGGGAUACACAAAAUACACCACGAAAUUGACCCUCAAAAAUUACAGUACAACGAAUUGAACAAUUUUCGCUACAUGACAGAUUUGCACACGAACAAUGACGUUCACCAUUUUAAUCCCCGAAAUUACUAUGAUGGGGAUGACUCUUCUGAUGUGUUGCUGGCUGCGAAGAGCGUCCUCUCGUCUUUUUACUUCGUACGGAGGGACUUGGCCAGGCGCUCCAAGCGUGCAAGGCGGAUGGCCCGCAACAGGAGGCACGGCCAUUCCCCCAGCGCGGCGUAUGCCCAUAUGCUGGAUAAGAGGGGGCUCUUUCACCGCGUUUUUUAUGUGUCCAGAUCGGCGCAGUAUUUGUCGCAGCUGUACCCGGGCUGGGCCCCCUGGCUAUAG